AUGUACAGGGCUUUUACAAGAAACCUGGCUCCUAACAAAGAUACCGAAGAAGGUAUAAACUGGACCAACGAGAAUAUUGUAAAAUUUUGUGAGGUUUGUAUCGACUACAUUACGAAUAAUGGACGUGGUCAACUCAUGAGAUGGCGAGAGAUAGAAGACUUGUUUGCAGAAAAGGUUGGUAAAAGGUGUAACUUUAAAAGCUUAAAGAACAAGUAUGAUAGCAUGAAGAGAGAUCGGCGCCUUUGGAAAUUUUUAAAAACGGGAGAAACUGGUUUAGGUUGGAACCCAACCACCGGAAAGCUAGAUUGUUCGGAUGAAUGCGUCUUAUUAGUUCACUUUAUAAGAGAAACCACAUGCAAAGAAGUACCGUCACAAGGGAGUUUAUCCACUACUAGAAGAAAAAUGGGAUCAUUUGUUUGGUGCCGCUGUGGCAACAGGAGUGGGUUGCGUAGCUCCCUCAUUAAAUCUGGAGUGUGCGAUAAAUCAAUUAAUGAUGCAGACGAGAUACAAAAUGAAAAUGCUUGGUCCGAUGAGGCUAUGCGUGAAUAUUCUUAA